AUGGAGGGCUCCGAGACUGCCAACUUGCAGUUGCCAACAUCAAUCCCUUUCUGGCGACUAGUUCUCUAUCCUGGUGCUAUCACCCAAGAGGUUGCUGACCACCCUUGUGAGGGGUCAGGAACCGAAGAAGAUCCUUAUGUCGUGCAAUGGAUGCCUAAAGACUUUCGAAACCCUCUCCAGCUGAAGCCAUCCAUGAAAUGGUUCAUCACUGUGGUUGCUGCUAUCGAGACUUUGGUCGUUGCCCUAGUCUCGUCCGCCUAUACAGGUGGUCUCCUUCAGAUUAAAGAAAACUUCGGCACAACUACUGAAAUUGCAACAUUGGGAGUAUCCCUCUAUGUCCUGGGCUUUGCCCUAGGUCCUCUGAUCUGGGCCCCGAUGAGUGAGCUGUUCGGUCGCCAAAUUGUCUUCGUCACAACCUACUGCGGUUUGACCAUCUUCUGUGCCGCCUGUACCGGCGCGAAGAACAUCGAGACCAUGCUGGUCUUCCGAUUCCUAUCUGGUGCUUUCGGUUCAUCUCCCCUCACCAACUCUGGCGGUGUCAUCGCCGAUAUGUUCAUGGCUCGCGAACGUGGACUGGCAUUGUCGGCCUUUGCUCUAGCUCCAUUCCUUGGACCCGUCAUUGGACCCAUCGCCGGUGGCUUCCUCGGUGAGUCUAGCGGAGGCUGGAAAUGGGUGAUGGGUCUCUUGGCUAUCCUCUGUGCUGUGAUGUGGUUCUUGGGAGCCGCGUUGAAACCAGAGACCUACGCCCCCGUCCUUCUUCGCCAGCGAGCAAAUACUCUCUCCAAACUCACAGGAAAGGUCUACUGCAGCAAGUUGGAUAUUGAUCAGGGUCGUCUCACUUUGAAGGCUGCUUUGAAAAUCUCCCUCUCACGACCUAUGAUCCUUCUUUUCCAAGAACCCAUCGUCUUGCUUCUCUCCAUAUACCUCGCCAUCAUCUACGGAACCCUCUACAUGCUUUUCGGUGCCUACCCCAUUGUAUACCAGGUCCAUCGCGGAUGGAGCCAAGGUAUCGGCGGCUUAGCAUUCAUCGGAGUCAUGAUUGGUAUGAUCGGUGCAGUUGCAUAUUCAAUCCCCGAAAACAAGCGCUACGCCAAACUCCUCGCAAAGAACGGCGGCUAUGCACCCCCCGAGGCCCGCCUCCCGCCGUGCAUGCUAGCCUCGAUCGCCCUCCCUAUCGGCCUCUUCUGGUUCGCAUGGACCAACGACCCAUCCAUCCACUGGCUCGCAAGCGUCGCCGCCGGAGUCCCCUUCGGCUUCGGAAUGCUCCUCGUCUUCCUCAGUGUCUUCAACUACCUGAUCGAUGCCUACACCAUCUUCGCCGCAUCAGUCCUCGCAGCUAACACCCUGCUGCGUUCAUUGUUCGGAUUCGCCUUCCCACUAUUCACAACCUACAUGUACCAAGACCUAGGAAUCCACUGGGCAUCCUGUGUUCCGGCUUUCCUGGCUCUUGCCUGCGUGCCUUUCCCCUUCCUGCUCUAUAAAUACGGAUUGUCGAUUCGAAACCACUGCAAGUACGCCGCGCAAUCUGAGGCCUUUGUUCAGAAUCUUCUUCGUGGUCUCCAGAAGGCUAAUGAGGAGGUUGUCGAGACUGAGGCUGAGAAGCGCCCAUCUGCUUCGGACGAUGACGUCGCUCCACUCCCGAAUAUCAAGGAGACUUCCGCGGAUGUUAACUCCAUUCACCACACCCUUUCGCGCUCUUCUACCAAUGCUACGCAUCCCAUCCAGCGCGUGCCUACGUACGAGGCUAACCCUUACAAUAUCGACCGUGUGCAUACGCGGGAGUCGUUCAAAUGA